CAGAAAAGAAAUAAAACAUGUUUUUUACUCUACUUACUAUUGUAGGUCUAGUAAUACUGGUCCCAUCGACGACUCUGCAUAUCGAUUCUGUGGCAUCGUAUGAGGAACAGAAAGAAAUUAGGGGUCCACGACAAACAUACAAGGCGCCUUGUGUAGCAAUACCUAGACUAACAGCAUCUCAGCAACAAGCUUUUCAGACGUUUUCCAGUAGGGUAAAUAGAAUGCAACGAAAAGAAGAUUACAUUUACAGCUAUGAUCAGCCAAUAAUCGAGUUUAGUAAGCAACAGAAGUAUGCAAUUUUGGUCAACUAUUGGUACUUAUUCAGGCCAGUUGCAAGACCAAAUAUAGUAAAAUCCGCUUCUGUUAACACAUUCAAAGAUACUUGUCCAAGCAUCACAAACACUCCAAGAAAGAUUUAUGCUGCAGUGACUGACAACGGAGAUGUUGUUGGUGUUGCACAGGAUCUAGAAAAACUAUCAGAGUUAGGUGUCGAUGGAGUUCAGAAAUUCGAAGACGUCAUAUGUGAAGGAGUUGACUGCCCUCUUCCCUUCGAAUCUUGUGGAUGUGAUUGUAGAUGCAGCCAACUGGAUGGUUAUGCAAAUGCUGUGGUUUAUAACUAUACCGAUGUUUUUAUCGCACGAAUCUAUGUAGGAGGAGGUGGAUGUAAAUCUAUGUACUCGUGCGACUAAAUACGUCAAUAGUGUCGAUAAUGAUUGCAGAUUAAUUGUUAUAUAUAUUUAAAAAAUGACUGAAUCACAGAUGACAAACAUUUCUUUGUAUGAGUUCAAAUUAAUAUUGUCAUGAUAAAAACAUUUGUUUGCUGAUUUUUAUCAUGGUCAUUAUAAAUCAUCAUUGUAACUAUCAUUAUCAUUAUGUAAAGUUAUAUUAUAACAUCAAUAUUUUACAAUAGCCAGUACCUGAACCCAUUUCCUUAACAAUUAUGAGCUUUGAGAUAAUAUCAUGAUGACGGUUUUUCAACUUUAAUAAUAGGCCUAAUAAUUAUUCUGGAUUACCUCGAGGCGCUAUCUAUGUCUAAUACAAAAUUUUGAGUAAUUUUUAAUAUUUUUACAUAUUGUAAAGGUUUUUAAUGUUUUUUUAAAUGUUGAUAUAAUAUUGUGGCAUUUUAAAAUUAUUUUAUAUUAGAUUGUAAUGAGUUUUUAAAAUAAUAAUAUUGUAAUGUUUUAUUCGUAAUUGUUUGUAAGUUGAUUAUUGUAAAUUGUAAUUACAUUUUAUUACAAUAUUUUAGAAUUAUAAUUGCACGAUAUUUUAUAGUAUGUUUAUAUAUUAAAAUAAUCAAUACUUUAUUGCAUAAUUAAAACAAAAGAUGCUAUCAUGCCUGUACCAUAUUCGUAUGUACAUUGUGUUGUAUUAUUGCUUUGGUUGCUGAUUUUUUUUAUUUCAACUUUUAUUGUUUCAUUUUAAAAUAAAUCAUACAAGGGUACAUUCAAAGAAAUGUAAACUACUUUUUUUUUUAAUACAAUGCAACAAAAUAAAUACAUUAAUAAUAAUAAAUGACAUAUCUAUCUAAUUAUUAUGCUGAUUAUGGUUGCUGAUUUUAGAUAAUUCUUAUACAAUAGGCAUAUUUGUAUAUUUUAUUCCCUUUAUGUUUCUAUUUGUAUAUAGAUACAAUCUUACUAUAAUGUCUAUAAUGUGUUUUAUUGUUUUUCCACCAAUUUCUAUAUGAAUUUCUAUUUUUAUUUCUAAUAAACAUAGGUCUAUAUAUUUUUAUUAGUAUCAUUCAGUGUUAUGCAUCAUAUAAAAAUAUAAGUAACCAGGAUACACCUGAUAUUUUAUAGAAACAUAUGUAGGUCUAUAAUGGCAUUACGUAAGCCCUCGCAUGGUCAGGCUAGGCCUAUAUAAACUUGAACAAACUUACUUAUUGAUGAAAUCGUUCUCAAGUUCUUUCUGGACAGCAAGUCGAAACGAAAUACACUUGGUUAUUACUACUAAUUUAAAUUCUCAUUAUAAUAUACCUCCGUGCCCUGAUAUACUCCAUUGCUGUAGGCCUAUAUUCAGUAAAAAUUUAUCUAGUUACAGUAAUAAACAGCGAGUAUUAAUGUACAGAACGCACCUUACUAUAUACUGCGGAAUUUUAAGUGCAAUGAUUUAUUAAGGCAGUUUAUCUAUUAUUUUGUUUAUUUGGCAGUUACAGCACAUGAGUUACAAAAGCAGGACGCCAAUACCAGUCACCUGAGAGGAGCGGGCCUCCCUGCAACAAUCCAAACAGCAAUGGCAAAUUAAAAAAUAUAUAUAGGCCUAUACAACAAAAGGAUCACGAUUUAUACAAUACCUUAUUUCCUUUUAUUAUAAUUUGAUAUUGAAAACCUAUAAAAUUAUAAAAAACAAAAUU